GAGUCUUUAGUCUGAUCUCUUACAAGAACAACAAGAAAUGGCGUUCGCAGGAACAACCCAGAAAUGCAUGGCCUGUGACAAAACCGUUUAUCUUGUUGACAAGUUAACCGCCGAUAACCGGGUCUACCACAAAGCUUGUUUCCGAUGUCACCAUUGCAAAGGAACUCUCAAGCUUAGCAAUUACAACUCCUUUGAAGGAGUUCUCUAUUGCAGACCACAUUUCGAUCAAAACUUCAAGAGAACUGGAAGUCUUGAGAAAAGCUUCGAAGGGACACCAAAGAUUGGAAAACCUGAUAGGCCUUUGGAGGGAGAGAGACCUGCUGGAACCAAAGUGUCGAAUAUGUUUGGUGGAACACGAGAGAAAUGCGUUGGCUGCGACAAAACCGUGUAUCCAAUCGAGAAGGUGUCUGUGAAUGGGACAUUGUACCACAAGAGCUGCUUCAAGUGUACACAUGGAGGUUGCACGAUAAGCCCGUCGAAUUACAUAGCUCACGAGGGUAAGCUAUAUUGCAAGCAUCAUCAUAUUCAGCUGAUCAAGGAGAAAGGAAACUUAAGCCAGCUCGAAGGAGGAGGAGAGAAUGCCGCUAAGGACAAAGUCGUCGCUGCUUAAAGAAACAAUUCAAUCUCUCUGGAUGAUUUUGAUAAUGGAAGAAUCAAAAGAGUCACUACUUCUCGAUCGAUAACAUAUAUUGGUUUUUCUUCUUCUUACGUUUGUGUUUUUCUUUUUGGUCUUUGAUAUGUUGUUGUUUUUUGGAUCUUUGUUCACUCUUUUAUUGGGUUUCUUGAGAUGAAACAAGAUAAAUUGAGAAAUAAUGGAUGUUUGCUUAU